AGUCCCAAUUGUGAUAGUAAGUCGAGGAUUUUGAUUUUGAGCCAGUGAUCAUAUGUCGUAGCCUAAAGAAGCAAAAUACAGUACUUGACUUGUGGUUGUUGAAAUGGUUUUAAAAUUUAUAGGCUGAUUGAUAUGGAGAAAAAAAAAAUCAGCAAGAAUGCAAGACGUGUACAUAUAUUACACCUAAGGGAAAGAUGGGAUAAAACCAUUUACAAUUUAACAACAACAACAACAACAAUAAUAAUAUACUUGCCUUCCCUUUCUCCUCGUUAGUUUUGUCUCUUUAUUCUUAAAGGAUGUAUCAUGCAGUGCAUAUAGGCUAUCAUAGUUUUGAAUUAUAUGGUUUGGUAAGACACUAUAGGUUUAUAUGUCUGUCUGUUUCUAAUUGCAGAGAACAAACUCCAAAUCUUAAGCGGUUGUACAGCAGCACCAAGAUUCUCAACUGUUUUGAGGGGUGUGGAUUUGCCCUUUCUUGACACAGCUAUGGCAGCAGUUAUGAGCUUGGGAAAGAUUGCUGAAAAUGGCAGCAUGGCAUCCCCAAAUGUCAAGUCCCCACCAAAACCUCUUACUCCUAGUCGGAUUGGCAGGAGAAACCAGGAAACAAAAGAUGAGAAGUCUUCCUACAUCUGCCCUCUGUGUGAUAAGAUCUGCAAUACCCAACAUCAGUUGACUAUGCAUAUCCGUCAG